AAUAUGGAUUGGAAUCAUAUAUUCACAUGGAAAUAAUUAACACAAACAAAGGACAGUUUACCUCACCUGGAUACCCCGGAAACUACCCAAACAAUGCAAACUAUACUUGGAUAAUAAGGACUGGGCACACUGCAGCUAAUAUAAAAUUUAGAACUCAUGACAUGGCUAUUAAGCACACAUAUGCCUGUGACGACUAUCUCGAGAUUAAAAGGGUCGAGCCAUGCUGCUUGAAUGCAUUUAAUAGAUGUGGUGAAUUAAAUAAUUUUGACGUUAACAUAAGAGGGAAUGAAAUAAGAGUAUCAUUUAUUUCGGACAUAAUUCUGAAUGCAAAAGGAUUUAAUCUUUCUUGGACAGUCACUUUACCACCAACUACACACCCAGAAGGUACAAAGAUUACGACAAUUGCCCCUGUAAAGACGUCAGUAAGAGUAUAUCACUCUAAAUCAACAAAAUUGACAACUACUACUACAUCAAGAACUGCUUCAUCAGCACAAGAUUUGACAAUCAUUUUCAAAGCAAUAAAAGUUUUGUCAACAACUCCAAGAACUUCUACAACAACAACUUCAACAACAACAAAUAAUUAUGACAAUCACAACAAAUUUGACAACAUCCCUAACAGAAGCAAAAAUGAAAACAUAUGAUAUGUCAACAAUAAGGCCAACUCUGUCACAGAGACAUUUGUCAGCAACAUUUAUGUCAGGAAGCUCAAAACUACCAGGUAAGAACGUUAAA